AAAACUGUGUGACUAAGAAGCGGCAGCCCUGGGAUUCAGAUCCAAGCGUGAUCCUAUUCCCAAGAUCAUGCUCUUUGCUACUAUUUGACAUCACAUCUGCUACACUGCAUCGCCAGUACCCUUUGCCUUGGCUGCCAUGCCUGUACAGUGACUCCUUCCCAGUCUAUCACCUGAUCUUGCCACCCAUUAUCCAGUCAGAAGAGGCAGAAGUGGAUGUGAGAGAAAGAGAGACACAGAGAGACAGAGAGCCAAAGAGGGCAAGAGACUUGACUUUAAGAGACGCCUGUACUGACAACUCCAUGCAGUUCGGAACCAGAACGACAACGGCUGAACCAGGGUUCAUGGGGACAUGGCAAAACGCUGAUACUAACCUCUUAUUCAGAAUGUCCCAACAGGUUCCAGUGGCAUGUGCUGGCAGAGUGCUGGGUGCAGACUUUUGCCCAAACCUGGAGGAGCCAGACCAGAGGCUGGAAGUCCAGGCCAUCCGUUGCACACUGGUAAACUGCACGUGUGAAUGUUUUCAGCCAGGGAAGAUUAACCUGAGGACUUGUGAUCAGUGUAAACAUGGCUGGGUGGCACAUGCCCUGGAUAAGCUCAGCACGCAGCACCUGUACCACCCCACCCAAGUGGAGAUUGUGCAGUCCAACGUGGUGUUCGACAUCAGCAGCCUGAUGCUCUAUGGGACGCAGGCAGUGCCCGUGCGGCUAAAGAUCCUGUUGGACCGUCUCUUCAGUGUCCUGAAGCAGGAGGAGGUGCUGCAUAUACUGCAUGGCCUGGGCUGGACCUUGCGGGACUACGUUCGGGGAUACAUCCUUCAGGAUGCCGCCGGCAAGGUGCUGGACCGCUGGGCCAUCAUGUCUAGAGAAGAGGAAAUUAUCACCCUUCAGCAGUUUCUGCGGUUUGGAGAAACCAAAUCCAUUGUGGAGCUGAUGGCAAUUCAGGAGAAAGAAGGGCAGGCUGUGGCUGUACCGUCCUCAAAGACAGACUCAGAUAUAAGGACUUUCAUUGAGAGCAAUAAUCGCACCAGGAGUCCCAGUCUGCUUGCUCACCUAGAGAAUAGUAACCCUUCCAGCAUUCAUCACUUUGAAAACAUCCCGAACAGCCUUGCAUUUCUGCUUCCAUUCCAGUACAUAAACCCAGUCUCAGCCCCACUGCUAGGGCUGCCUCCAAAUGGGUUGCUGUUAGAGCAACCAGGACUGAGACUGCGAGAACCAAGCCUUUCAACUCAGAAUGAAUAUAAUGAGAGCAGCGAAUCUGAAGUAUCUCCCACACCUUAUAAAAAUGACCAAACACCCAAUAGAAACGCCCUAACCAGCAUUACUAAUGUGGAGCCCAAAACCGAGCCAGCCUGUGUGUCCCCUAUUCAGAAUUCUGCCCCAGUCAGUGAUCUAACCAAAACCGAGCAUCCGAAAAGCUCAUUCCGGAUUCAUCGAAUGAGAAGGAUGGGGUCAGCCUCUAGGAAAGGAAGAGUGUUCUGUAACGCAUGUGGGAAGACAUUCUAUGACAAGGGUACUCUAAAAAUUCAUUAUAAUGCCGUGCACCUGAAGAUCAAACACCGAUGCACCAUCGAAGGUUGCAACAUGGUCUUUAGCUCCCUCCGAAGCCGUAAUCGCCACAGUGCAAACCCCAACCCUCGCCUUCAUAUGCCUAUGCUAAGGAAUAACCGAGACAAAGAUUUAAUUCGGGCCACAUCAGGAGCUGCCACCCCCGUUAUAGCAAGUACAAAAUCAAAUCUCACACUCACAAGUCCUGGUCGGCCCCCAAUGGGUUUUACCACUCCCCCACUAGACCCCAUCUUACAGAAUCCUCUCCCUAGCCAGCUGGUGUUUUCUGGUCUAAAGACUAUCCAACCAGUCCCUCCAUUUUAUAGAAGUUUACUCACUCCAGGGGAAAUGGUGAGUCCUCCAACCUCCCUCCCAACCAGCCCCAUCAUUCCCAGCAGUGGCAUCAUGGAGCAGCACCCCCCACCACCCUCUGAGCCAGCAGCACCAGCAGUGAUGAUGGCCACCCAUGAGCCCAGUGCUGACCUGGCACCCAAGAAGAAGCCCAGGAAGUCGAGCAUGCCUGUUAAGAUUGAGAAGGAAAUCAUUGAUACUGCUGAUGAGUUUGACGAUGAAGACGAUGACCCCAAUGAUGGCGGAGCUGUGGUCAACGACAUGAGCCAUGACAAUCAUUGCCACUCCCAAGAGGAAAUGAGCCCAGGGAUGUCUGUGAAGGACUUUUCUAAGCAUAGCAGGACCCGGUGCAUUUCAAGGACUGAAAUAAGUAGGGCUGACAGCCUGACUUCUGAGGACCAAGAGCCUGAGCGUGACUAUGAGAAUGAAUCUGAGUCUUCAGAGCCCAAAUUAGGCGAGGAAUCCAUGGAAGGAGAUGAGCACAUUCACAGUGGAGUGAGUGAAAAAGUCCUGAUGAACAGUGAGAGGCCUGAUGAGAACCAUAGCGAGCCCUCUCAUCAGGAUAUCAUCAAGGUGAAGGAAGAAUUUACAGAUCCCACCUAUGACAUGUUUUACAUGAGCCAGUAUGGACUAUACAAUGGUGGGGGGGCCAGCAUGGCUGCCCUGCAUGAGAGUUUUGCAUCAUCUCUGAAUUAUGGCAGUCCUCAAAAGUUCUCCCCAGAAGGUGACCUGUGUUCUAGCCCAGACCCCAAAAUCUGUUAUGUGUGCAAGAAGAGUUUCAAAAGCUCCUACAGUGUGAAGCUUCACUACAGGAAUGUUCACUUAAAAGAGAUGCAUGUCUGCACGGUGGCUGGCUGCAACGCUGCCUUCCCCUCUCGCCGAAGCAGAGACAGAAACAGAAAUUUACGGAUGGAAAGAACCAUAGGUCCAGGACAUCGAGACAGCCUGCAUCUCCGUAGACACAGUGCCAACAUAAAUCUACAUCGUAAACUGUUGACCAAAGAACUCGAUGACAUGGGCCUGGACUCCUCGCAACCCUCCCUUAGCAAGGACCUCCGGGAUGAAUUUUUGGUGAAGAUCUAUGGUGCCCAGCACCCCCUGGGGCUAGACGUCAGGGAAGACGCCUCCUCCCCCGCAGGGACGGAAGACUCCCACCUGAAUGGGUACGGGCGGGGCAUGGCGGAGGACUACAUGGUCCUCGACCUCAGCACCACCUCCAGCCUGCAGUCCAGCAGCAGCAUCCACUCCUCCAGAGAGUCCGACGCAGGCAGCGACGAGGGCAUUCUUCUCGAUGACCUUGACGGAGGGAGUGACAGUGGAGAGUCGGCACACAAGGUCGAGGCCCCCGCUCUCCCUGGCGGCCUAGGGGCUGAAGUUUCAGGGUCUCUUAUGUUCAACAGCUUGUCCGGGAGCAAUGGUGGGAUCAUGUGCAACAUUUGCCACAAAAUGUACAGCAACAAAGGGACCCUGAGAGUGCACUACAAAACUGUGCAUUUGCGAGAAAUGCACAAGUGCAAAGUCCCGGGUUGCAAUAUGAUGUUCUCCUCUGUGCGAAGCCGAAAUCGGCACAGUCAGAACCCUAAUCUCCACAAAAACAUUCCCUUUACUUCAGUAGAUUAGUCUCAGAAUGGACACUACGAAUGCCAGCUCUCACCAGAUGGCCUACGUAUUUGAACUGCCAUAGUCAGUGUGUGUUUGUGUACUUUUGUGUGUGUGUAUAUACACAUGUAUGUUUCUGUGUGUAUACACACACUUUUCUUUAAAGAAAAAAAAGAUAAACACUAGGUGCUUUUGACUUUUUUUCUUUUCCUUUGUAGAUUUGGAAAAGGGGUGGGAUCUUUAAUUUGGGGGUCAAAACAGAGCACCCCUUGAGACACGUAUACACAUACACACAACGCAUAAGCCUGCAGCUAUGCCCAGUUUUGACAGAAUAAUUCUUGGUCAUCUCCAAAGAGACAAAUUGUUGUACCCAUAACUGUUGCCUGCAAAAAAUAAAAGGGAAAAAAAAA